AGCUGACAAAAUAGACUCUGAUAACAAACGUUUUGUUUAUUUGGCGAUUUUGAAAAAAAGACUCAGGUUAUUUUCUUCUUUCGCAUUUAUUUUUGAAAAUUUCUUUUGUAGUAAAAUUGAAAUCUUCAGAAAAGCUAUAAAAUUUCAAUUCUACGAUGGCCGGACCUCCACAUCCGUUUCCGCCGAAUUUUGGCGGCGCUCCUCAGAACGAUAUGCGUUCUCAAUUCGGAGGCCCUCGUAGCGGCCAGCUUGCCGGUAUCUCAUCUCCAGGCCAACAAUCAGUGGCUGGUAUCGCUAGCCCUCAAACGUAUAACGUUGGCGUAAACAUGCAGCAACAAGCCGAUUCGCCUAUAUCCGCUCAACAAAUGCAACAAAACGCUCAGCAGACAUCGCAGCAACUUCAGAUGCAAAUGCAACAAAGACAGCAAACACCUUCGCAGCAGCAGCAAGAAAGCGUCCAGCAAGCCCAGCAGGUCGGAGCUGUACAAGCUCAAGUACAGCAGCAGACAAUACCUCAACCGCAGCAGAAUGCUUUUCCACCUCAGUCAUCUCUUCCACAACAUUCAGCUGUACCUAAUACCGGAGGAGGGCCUAACAUGGGAGCCAGAAUGGCCCCAGGUGAUGGAUCUAUUCAGUCUGUUGCUCAAUCUGCGAUACAACCCGAUAAUGCUGUGGCUUCGGCCGGUGCUUCCGGACCUGUACCUCAGCAACCGCCUGCUAAUCAACAGUUUAAUACGGCAUCUUUGUGUAAAUAUGGCCAAGAAAUUGUUCAAGAUAUCGUUUGUAAAGUUCAAGACAUGUUUCAGAUUUUAAGGGUUAUAAUGCCUCCUAAUGGAGCUGGUGGUCCUACGAAUACCAUAAGUAACGAUAAAAAACUGAAAUUACAAGAGUAUCUUCGCGGUAUCAAAGGUCUAUUCAAAAGAUUACGAUUAAUUUAUGAAAAGUGUAACGAUAAUAGUCAGCUCCAAGGAAUGGAAUACAUGCAUAUCGAGAGUUUAAUACCAUUAAAAGAAGAAUGGGACGUUAAAACUUCCGAAGAACGAAAAACCUCGGAAGCUUAUCGAUUAGCAACCGAAGAAUGUAAAGAUUUGAUUGAUCAAGUAGUUCUGAAAAACAGCCAACUCAAAGAAAUCAUCGAUCACAUGCGUAAAAUAGUCUGGGAAAUUAAUACUAUGUUAACGAUGAAAAAGUCUUGAUGAAUAGAUUUGUUCGUUCGUUGAAUUGCGAAACAAAUUAUUCAGUAAAUAUUCAGACUGCUACAACUGGUUUUCUGUUCGAUAAUUCAAAAGGACUGCAUUACAUUUAUAAAAAUGAUACAAGUUGCUCAAAAAAUGAAAACAUCUUUCACGGAGUUCAGGCUAUGGUAUUGGUACUCAAUUUUGAGAUAAUGGAAAUACGAAUUUUAUUCUAUAUGUUUGUUUCCAUAGUUGAUGUAUUUUUUGUUUUUAAUUAGAGAUUUUUUUAUUUA